AUGCAUGAAGAGUCAUUUUCUCUCCACUGGCACGGAUUGCACCAGGUCGACAACUACUGGAAUGACGGUGCGGCCAUGUUUUCUCAAUGCCCUGUCCACGCGCACAAUUCAUUUACCUAUGUGAUGCGAGCAGAGAACUCGGGAACUCAUUGGUACCACUCUCACUACGGAAUUCAGCGCGCGGAUGGGCUUCACGGCGCAUUCAUCAUUUUAGACGAGGAUGAAAAGGCCGAAGAAGUAAGCUGGAUGCCUCUUGUUCUGACAGAUUGGUGGAACACUGACUCGACUCAUCUCGCUGCGAGCGACCCUUAUAGAUAUGGAAACACCAAUGGUAAGCGAUUUACUGGCGCUGGGACGAAACACUGCCGAACUGAUGAUAAACCGUUUAUGACAGGCGUUAAGAUGAGUUCUCUUUGCGUUGACUCAAUCGUCGCUAACGGACGAGGACAAUUUCGAGUCGUCGAUUCUGAUGAUCAGUUCAACAAGAACAAAUUUCAAUUCAGCGUGCUUGAAGAACACCGUGUUUCGAAAACAACAAAGAAAAUUCAACUAAAAACAAUUCACGCUGGCUUUGAGCAGCCUAUUUUCAUCCGAGCCAGAGGUGCCCGAAGAUUGAUUUUAACUGCUCUUGAUGGUCGAAGAGUCCUUCCUGAAGAGGGCGACGGGAUUUUCAUGGGAGUGGGAGAGACUGUCAACAUCGAAGUGGAAUUUCCGCUUGAAGAAGAUCGACUUGAGCUGAUCGCUGAAAUCAUGUUUGAGGGAAUCGGCAAAAGCUCUACACCAACAAAACAGCCAUUUGUCAAGAUCAGCAUCCUUCGAGAUGGUCUCGUCAAGGAAUUCCAAGUUGAGAAGCAAUUAGUCCCAAGCUACCCAGAUGCCGUCGAUAUCACAGAGAGCGAUGUCGACUCUGAGAACGAGACGGUUGAGAAGCUUUUCCUGAACUGCCCAUCCGAAAAAAUCGGCGACAUAAAAUGCAAAACAGUGGUCGACUUCAGACGCGAUCUCAAGUUUGAGUCUCGCUUUGCUCAUCCGCCUCCAUCCAUUUCUGAACAGCCUGACCGCGUCAUCGAGCUCAACAUGAAUUUCGCAAUCGGCGCGGCUAUAAAUGGAAUCGAGUUCAAGUAUCCAGAGACGCCGUUUUUCGAUGGAGUUAUCGACUCAAAAUUGACCAAAUGCUCUGAACAAGCCCUGACGUCUGAUGGAGGGCACUGUACGAAUAUUCUUGAAGUUAAGAAAGGAGAGCUGAUCGAAUUUAGAGUAACUGCAGCUGAACAUCCAGAAAACAAAAUCAAGCGAUGGCAAAGGACCUAUCACGCGAUCCAUCUCCACGGAUACGAGUUUAUCGUCACCGACAUUGGCUUCGGAAGCACCAACAAAACAACUGGCUUUAUUGAUGACCUUCAUCCAGCCAUCCAUUGCAAGGACGAUCAUUUAAAAUGCAAUCGGGCGCAUUUUGACGAAAAGCUUUUCAAGAAGCUGAGAUCCACUCGCGAUGACCAUAUUGCUAAGAACACAGUGGUGGUUCCAUCGAUGGGAUAUGUGGUUUUUCGUCUGCGAGCUGACAAUCCUGGAGUCUGGCCAUUUCACUGCCACCAGCUUUUCCACAACUACGAAGGAAUGGCGGUCGCAUUUUUUGUCAAAGACGAAGAAGAAAACAAACCUUUUUCCUAUCUGCCGAAGAACAUGCCUCGCUGCCACGAUUACCACCCAAAAGACAUUGCAAUCAAGGAAGUGUCAAUCAACCAAAUGACCUCCUCCGGAAUUUCAGCGAUAUUUUCAAUAUUUCUUCUUCUGAUUAUUUUUGCUUUUCAAAACGAAUAA